AUGGCGGAAAACAAAGGCGGCGGCGAGGCUGAGAGCAGUGGUGGGGGCAGCGGCAGCGCGCCGGUAACUGCCGGGGCCGCUGGGCCCGCGGCGUUGGAGGCGGAGCCGCCUCUCGCCGCGGUGCUGGUGGAGGAGGAGGAGGAGGAGGAAGGCGGCAGGGCCGGCGCGGAGAGCGGCGCGGCCAGGCCUGACGACGGGGGGGUGGCCGCGGCCGCCUCGGGCUCGGCCCCGGCUGCCUCAGCGCCUGCGGCCUCAGUGGGCUCUGGAGUUCCCGGAGGGGCGUUAUCGACGCCGGCCCCAGCUCCUCCCUCGGCUCCAGCUCCCGGUCCCUCGGCUGGGCCGCCGUCUGGACCGCCAGCUUCGCUCCUGGACACCUGCGCCGUGUGUCAGCAGAGCUUGCAAAGCCGGCGUGAGGCGGAGCCCAAGCUGCUGCCCUGUCUUCACUCCUUCUGCCUGCGCUGCCUGCCCGAGCCGGAGCGCCAGCUCAGCGUGCCCAUCCCGGGGGGUAGCAACGGCGACAUCCAGCAAGUUGGUGUAAUACGGUGCCCAGUAUGCCGCCAGGAAUGCAGACAGAUAGACCUUGUGGAUAAUUAUUUUGUGAAAGACACAUCUGAAGCUCCCAGCAGUUCUGAUGAGAAGUCAGAACAGGUAUGUACUAGUUGUGAAGACAAUGCAAGUGCAGUUGGCUUUUGUGUAGAAUGUGGAGAGUGGCUGUGUAAGACAUGUAUAGAAGCACAUCAAAGAGUAAAAUUCACUAAAGAUCACCUGAUCAGGAAGAAAGAAGAUGUCUCAGAGUCCGUUGGAGCAUCUGGUCAACGCCCUGUUUUCUGCCCUGUACACAAACAAGAACAGUUGAAACUUUUCUGUGAAACAUGUGAUAGACUCACAUGUAGAGACUGCCAGCUAUUGGAACACAAAGAACAUAGGUAUCAGUUUUUGGAAGAAGCGUUUCAAAAUCAGAAAGGUGCGAUUGAAAACCUACUGGCUAAGCUUCUAGAGAAGAAAAAUUAUGUUCAUUUUGCAGCUACUCAGGUGCAGAAUAGGAUAAAAGAAGUAAAUGAGACUAACAAACGAGUAGAACAGGAAAUAAAAGUGGCCAUUUUCACCCUUAUCAAUGAAAUUAAUAAGAAAGGAAAAUCUCUCUUACAGCAGCUAGAGAAUGUCACAAAAGAAAGACAGAUGAAGUUAAUACAGCAGCAGAAUGACAUCACAGGCCUUUCCCGACAGGUGAAGCAUGUUAUGAACUUUACAAACUGGGCAAUUGCAAGUGGCAGCAGCACAGCACUACUGUAUAGCAAGCGACUGAUUACUUUUCAGUUGCGUCAUAUUUUGAAAGCACGGUGUGAUCCUGUCCCUGCUGCUAAUGGAGCAAUACGUUUCCAUUGUGAUCCUACUUUCUGGGCAAAGAAUGUAGUCAAUUUAGGUAAUCUAGUAAUAGAGAGUAAACCAGCUCCUGGUUAUACUCCUAAUGUUGUAGUUGCGCAAGUUCCUCCAGGGACAAACCACAUUAGUAAAACCCCUGGACAGAUUAAUUUAGCACAGCUUCGACUCCAGCACAUGCAGCAACAAGUUUAUGCACAGAAACAUCAGCAGUUGCAACAGAUGAGAAUGCAGCAACCACCAGCACCUGUACCAACAACAACAACAACAACACAACAGCAUCCUAGACAAGCAGCCCCUCAGAUGUUACAACAACAGCCUCCAAGAUUGAUCAGUGUGCAAACAAUGCAAAGAGGCAAUAUGAACUGUGGAGCUUUCCAAGCGCAUCAGAUGAGAAUGGCUCAGAAUGCUGCCCGAAUACCAGGGAUACCCAGGCACAGCGGCCCUCAGUAUUCCAUGAUGCAGCCACACCUCCAAAGACAAGUAUGCCUAGAGCACUCAAACCCAGGGCAUGCUGGACCCUUUCCUGUUGUAUCAGUGCACAAUAACACAAUCAACCCAACCAGCCCUACCACAGCUACUAUGGCAAAUGCGAACAGAGGUCCCACCAGCCCAUCUGUUACAGCAAUAGAGCUUAUCCCUUCAGUUACCAAUCCAGAAAACCUUCCAUCACUGCCAGAUAUUCCACCCAUACAGUUGGAAGAUGCUGGUUCAAGUAGUUUAGAUAAUCUACUAAGUAGAUAUAUCUCAGGCAGUCACCUACCCCCACAGCCUACAAGCACCAUGAAUCCUUCCCCAGGACCCUCUGCCCUAUCUCCAGGAUCAUCAGGUUUAUCCAAUUCCCACACACCUGUGAGACCCCCUAGUACUUCUAGUACUGGCAGUCGAGGAAGCUGCGGGUCAUCAGGAAGAACAGCUGAGAAGACAAGUCUUAGUUUCAAAUCUGAUCAAGUGAAAGUCAAGCAAGAACCUGGGACUGAAGAUGAAAUAUGUAGUUUUUCAGGAGCUGUGAAACAAGAAAAGACAGAGGAUGGCAGAAGGAGUGCUUGCAUGUUGAGCAGUCCUGAGAGUAGCUUGACACCACCUCUCUCAACCAACCUGCAUCUAGAGAGUGAGUUGGAUGCAUUAACAAGCCUGGAAAAUCAUGUGAAAACUGAACCUACGGAUAUGAGUGAAAGCUGUAAACAGACAGGGCUCAGCACCCUUGUUAAUGGAAAGUCCCCAGUUCGAAGUCUCAUGCACAGGUCAGCAAGGAUUGGAGGAGAUGGCAGCAGCAAAGAUGAUGAUCCAAAUGAAGACUGGUGUGCUGUCUGCCAAAAUGGAGGGGAUCUCUUGUGCUGUGAAAAAUGUCCAAAGGUCUUUCAUCUAACUUGUCAUGUUCCAACACUUCUUAGCUUUCCAAGUGGGGACUGGAUAUGCACAUUUUGCAGAGAUAUUGGGAAACCAGAAGUUGAAUAUGACUGUGAUAAUUUGCAGCAUAGUAAGAAGGGGAAAACUGCACAGGGUUUAAGCCCAGUGGACCAAAGGAAAUGUGAACGUCUUCUGCUUUAUCUCUAUUGCCAUGAAUUAAGUAUUGAAUUUCAGGAGCCAGUUCCUGCUUCGAUACCAAACUACUAUAAAAUUAUAAAGAAACCAAUGGAUUUAUCCACCGUGAAAAAGAAGCUUCAGAAAAAACAUUCCCAACACUACCAAAUCCCAGAUGACUUUGUGGCUGAUGUCCGUUUGAUCUUCAAGAACUGUGAAAGGUUUAAUGAAAUGAUGAAAGUUGUUCAAGUUUAUGCAGAAACACAAGAGAUUAAUUUGAAGGCUGAUUCAGAAGUAGCUCAGGCAGGGAAAGCAGUUGCAUUGUACUUUGAAGAUAAACUCACAGAGAUCUACUCAGACAGGACCUUCGCACCUUUGCCAGAGUUUGAGCAGGAAGAGGAUGAUGGUGAGGUAACUGAGGACUCUGAUGAAGACUUUAUACAACCCCGCAGAAAACGCCUAAAGUCAGAUGAGAGACCAGUACAUAUAAAGUAAAAUGACAUGGACUUAAAUCAGUUCUUACAGAAAGAAAGAAAACAAAAAACUUUUAUUUAAGUGUUGCUGGAAUAUCCUGCCUACAGUGGCGACCUCCUUAAAGAAGCUGAUACCUUUUACACAGUGUUAGAUUGAAAUAAUGGACAGAAAACACAUUCUUGUCAAAAAAGGGGGAGAGAACUCUAUUUGCAAUUUUAAAAGUAACCUGAAAGAAAAAGUGAAAUGAUUUGAAGAUUCUUGUUACUAAAGAGGGUGGAAGAGGAUGGUUCUCUCGUUGUUACCAGAGAUGGGCAAAUGUUAAUGAUCAUGUGGUAUUGAUCAGUGCAGGAAACUGAGUGUACAAGUCAAUACACGAGGGUCAUGUCGCUUGAUAAAUUGUCUCUUCAGACUAAAGCACACACACUUAUUAAAACAAGUUUUAUGCCUUUCCCUCCACUCACAUGCAUAAUAGGUUUUCUAGUUAAAAUAAAAGUAGCUCAGAUUCCACUUCAGUGUCAGUUUAGACAUGCAUUGAAAUAUGCUGUAAUUUUUUUUUUUCCUUCUCAUUUUGAUGCUAUUGGGCCUAAGUUUUUGUAUUGGUUUAAAUAACUCAAUAGUAGUUUUAUUUUCUACUCAUACUUAGGGUCUAAAAACUCAGACCAUUAAUCAUCAUUUAGUCAAUUUUAACAGUCUACUGAAGAGGUUGUCAAGUGAAGAGGAAAUAAAUACGGUAACUUUUCAGUAGUGGAUCAUGUACUUUUAUAAUAGUCAUUUGCAGAAAAUGCUUCACAUAAUUGCACUUCCAAAUCAAAUUAUUCCCUUGAAAAGCAGAAUGUUUAUUUCAAAAUUAAUCUAGUUUUCUGUACAUUUAUAUUUGAUUAAGAACAUGACAACUGGCUCUUAUCCAGUCUUCCUUCAUAUCAGUUUUCUGAUAGACCACUAUUGGCAAGCAGUAAUCUGUCAACUACCAAAUGUGUAAAAUUUUCUGUAUUUCACUUUGUCUUAUUUGUAAAUAGUGAACUAAAACUUCUGGCAGAUCAGCAACAUUUGCUGAGCCUGUUUUUUAAGCUAAUGUGUAUUCUUACUGAUGUUCCUAUCAAGAAAGGAUUUGUAAUAUAUGCUGUCUAUUUCUGAUGUUCACAUUCAUAUUUUGAGGUUCUAUCUUAUUUUAAUAGAGAACAGACUUCUCAAAAAAAAAAAUCUUCCAAAGCAUCUUAUUAUUGGAAUAUCAAAAUAUUGAAAUAAACCCGGUGGGGUUAGAUUACUCAUCUGUCCACCAAGUGGGACAUUUGCAUGGACUUGGGGGCUUAAAGGACUUAGAAGACCUGAAAGUAAAUCCUGAAAAUGAGCCAAUCCCCACUUGAAUGGUUACUGGAGUAAACCCACCUCUACUACCCUGAUUUCAGCACCUGAGGCAUAUAAAUCAACUUGGCUCUGUUACAUUUUUCUUCUCUUCAUUUGUGAUGCUCAGAUCCAAGAUGUGUGUUCUAGACUAUGUACAGGCUUCUCUUUUGUUGGAUUAAAAUUAUAGUCCUGCUUUUGUAUGGACACAUUAGAAUAUAAAGUGACCAAAAUAGAAGAGCCAUUAGAUAUUUUUCAGAUGUCAGCAGAUUUGUGGCAAAUCAUUUGCCUUUUUAAAAAUUCCACUUAAGCAAUUCAGACUACUCAGAAAAGAAAAUUAUUUGACAUAACUGUCUAAGAGGUAAAUAUUUUUUAGUGCGUAUUGAAUGAAAUAAAGUGCUCUACAGAAAUCAUUCUACAGAUUCCUUUGGGUUGUUUUCUUUUUUUAACAAGGGGUGGGGGCGAACAGGAAUAUGAUUCAGGCCUUCUGAUGGUAUAUUUAAAUGGUGUUUAUGAUUAUUGUUGAUUUAUUUUAUUUCAGGCCUACUUCAGUUCCUCUUUCAGUUUGUUACGAAUUAAACUUCAAAUAAUAUA